CAGAGCUUCUCCUUUCACUCCGCUCUCUCUCUCUCUUCUCUCUUCAGUUCCUUAAGACCUGCAUCAAUGGCGGCCGAAACUGCCAUUACUGAGAGAUAAAAGUGAUUCUCUUAUUGAAAACCUUCUUUCGCCUCGUGUCACCAGUGUAUAGUUUCCAGCUGUUGGAGCUUUUACAGUGAGAGAGCAUUUCCUAUUACGCACCAUCUGCACAUAUAUCCAAACUGCCUCGGCUUUUUCUGCUCGUUCUGCUCCGUAUAAAACCACAAGAUGUGAAAAUCGUUCGAGAAAUGAACUGGUUUCUAGAGGAGUUUUGGCUCCAAACUGGGGUAAAGGUGGAGGAAAUGGAGAAGUAUUGAGUAAUGUGCUUCGAUUUGGCGCAGGGACUCAGUUUUUGGAGGAAACAGGGUUUUUUCCUCUGAAGUUUUUUGGCCUCUGGUGACUGGAUUCAGUUGACUCGGGAGGUGUAAAGCUGAGGAAGUGAUUUGCAUGAAGCUAUGGAAUAAUCUUGCUUUAUUCACGAGAUAAACGAGAUAUUUGAUUGAGGUUUCUCGGAGCAGUCUUUACACAUGCCAGUUUUCGUGGCAACACACCCAUUCUGCAAAUAGAGAGUAGUAAAGUCUAGUGAAUUUCGACAAAUGGUGUCUGUUGACCCACACCCCAUGGCUCCAACAGCACUCCCGAGGCCGUCGACCCAAGCCUCGCCCCUUGCGAGGCAAGGCUCCAUUUACUCACUAACCCUCGACGAAUUCCAAAGUACCCUUUGUGAACCGGGUAAAAACUUUGGCUCAAUGAACAUGGAUGAGUUUCUUUCUAACAUAUGGACAGCUGAAGAAAGCCAGGCCAUGGCAGCUGCGAUGGAGGCUGCAGCUUCUCAUGCAGAAGAGCCCAAUAAAUCCUCAAUGCAUAGGCAACCAAGUCUGCCUAGACAAAACUCCUUAACUAUUCCAGCUCCUCUUAGUCAAAAGACUGUAGAGGAGGUUUGGUCUGAUAUUCAUGGGGUUGAGCAAGCCAACAAUUCAAAUUCAAACUCAAAUUCGAAUAAUGGGGGAGCAAACCCAAGUACUCGACAACCCACUUUUGGAGAGAUGACUUUAGAGGAUUUCUUGGUUAAGGCAGGGGUGGUUAGAGAUGGGGGAGCCCCCAGUGGAGGGAACCCAACUUAUGAGUAUCCUAGUGGUCAAGGAGAGAGGCCUGGUUUUGGGCAUGUUAUAGGGAUGGGGUAUAAUGGGAAUGGUGGGUUUUCUCUCUCUAACUCUAACCAUCACCAGCAAUCAAUGGUGGUGGGAGAGGGUGGGGGUUAUGGGAAGAGGGGGAUUGGGGGGUUAUGUAUGGGAGGGAGGAUGGGGAAUGGAGGUUUGUGUAUCGGUUCUCCUGUGAGUCCUCUCUCGUCUGAGGGAAUGUGUGCGGUUGGGACAGGUGGUGGGGUGGAGUAUGGUGGUGGGGAGAUGGGAGGGGGGAUGAGGGGGGGGAGAAAGAGGGUGUUGGAUGCGCCAGUUGAGAAGGUGGUGGAGAGGAGGCAGAGGCGCAUGAUUAAAAAUCGGGAGUCAGCUGCAAGGUCUCGGGCUCGCAAGCAGGCCUAUACUGUGGAGCUUGAAGCAGAACUAAACCAGUUGAAAGAAGAAAAUGCGAAGCUUAGGAAACAACAGGAGGAAGCGACAGAGAAGAGAAGGAAGAAGUUAUUGGAGACUUUGGCAACUACUAAUGUGGCACCUCAAGGUGGUGGGGCGAGGAUGAGGACCCUGAGGAGGACUUUUACUGGACCCUGGUAAUUGAGUUUAGGUUUCUGAACCUCACUGAUGCCAAAUCGUAUGGAGUCCUUUAAGUAGAACAACUCCAUGGUGUUUCUCUUUUACGAUGAGAUGUUAGAGAGAGAGAGAGAGGCUCUACAGGAGAAGAGGGAUAAUUAGAUGGACGGCAUAGAUGUAAUGGCAGAUGUAAUAGCUGAGAGAGAUAUAGAAAGAGAUAAGAGGUGUUUUGUAGAGGGCAAAAGGAUAUGAGAGAAGUGCACUGGUGUUAUUGUUAAUAGGAGUAAAUUAUGUAUACGCUGUGCAUCUGCAGCCAUGGCUGUGGAGAUCAAUAAAGGGGGUUAAUUACAGUGA